AUGGCCAAAGCCGAACUAUUCAACUUCGCCGACACGCGCAUCGGCACGACGAUCAGCAGCAAUUACCCGAGCACAACCGGCUAUGAGCCCACCAAUCUUAUCCACCCCUCUGCUGCCGGGUUCCUCUCCGAGUCCUUUGUCCGCCCGCCCGUCGAGCUCACACUCGCGUUUCCCUACAGUCUUUCGCUGGCCGCGAUUCUCAUCAACUCGCGCAUCCGGCUAUACCACGUCAAGCACCUGGCGAUAUCCGCGCAAUGCCAGUCCGACGCCUGGCUCCCGCUCAAACGCCUCGCCUGGGACACCAAAAGCAGCGAAGUAGCCGCCGUAUACAACCCUGAGAUUGGCGCCGAUAUGUGCGCGAGCAGCAUUCCCGAGAGACAUAUCCAGCAGUGGCAGCCAAUUCACCUUGGCCGGGCGUCAGACGCACGCAUGUUGCAUGCAGUGCGGUGCCUGAAAAUCCGCAUUACUGGAAUGCACGACAUGUCGGUUGUUGCCCUCGGCGGAAUCAAGGUCUACGGCCAGCCUUCGCAGCAAAUGACCCACGGACGUGACGCCAAGUUCACCGCUGCUCGCCGCAUUCUCGCUCCGCCACCUGCGCUGUCCGCAGCCGCCCAGCUGCCAGCCGACAGAAUCCCGCCUGAAUUCAUUGACCCCAUCACCCAGGAAGCCAUGCGCGAUCCAGUCGUCCUGCCCAGCAACAAUGUAGUUGACAGGUCAACCAUCCAUAGACAUCUGCAGCUGCAUCAGACCGAUCCGUUUACCGGCCUGCCCAUGUCGCAGGACGACGCAAAACCGGCGCUGCUGCUGCAAAUACGAAUCCGCGACUGGCGCCAGCAAUAA